CACACACAUAAUAUUACAUUUUUACAUAUAUAUACAUUACAGACAGAGCAGUCACUCAGUUACACCACAGCGUGGUUGCGUGUUGUUAGAUUAAAAAUAACGAAUACUGUGUUGCUAAUCGAGCAAAAAAUACGAUGGAAUCUCCCGUAGUCACGGUGACCGAAGGUCAAGUUAGAGGAUGCCAAAGAGUGAAUUUGGAUGGAGAAUAUUUUUAUUCAUUUUUGGGAAUACCAUUUGCUAAACCGCCUCUUGGAGAUUUGAGAUUUAAGGCACCACAACCAAUAGAAGCAUGGAAUGGUGUUAAAGAUGCCACGAAAGAUGGACAGCCUAGCUACCAAUGGGAUGACAAAAACAAUAAAAGUAUUGGUUCUGAAGAUUGUCUACACCUAGGUAUCCACACAAAAAAACUUCCAUCUAACGAACAUUCCCUUAAACCAGUAAUGGUGUGGAUACACGGCGGAGGAUUCAUUUUCGGUUCAAACAGUUCGACUGAAUAUGGACCCGAAUACCUGAUGCUUGAAGACAUAGUAUUAGUAUCUGUUAAUUAUCGUCUCGGAUUCUUAGGAUGUCUGAAUUUUGAAGAUACUUCCUUGAAUGUGCCCGGUAACGCAUCACUUAAAGACCAACUGUUAGCUUUGAAAUGGAUUCAACAGAAUAUUCAUCAUUUUAAUGGUGACCCUAACAAUGUAACAAUUUUUGGGGAAAGCGCUGGGGGUGCUAGCAUACAUUAUCUUAUGCUUAGUCCGUCAUCCAAAGGUCUGUUUCACAGAGCUAUUCUGCAGAGCGGUUGUACGUUCUGUCCUUGGUCAAGAAUGACGAAACAAAACGUUGGACUGCAGUUUGGACAAAUUGUUGACCAAAACGUUAAAACGGAAAAAGAAGCGCUAGAAGUACUACGAAAGUUGCCUGCUGAUGAGUUAUUAGAGGCACAACAAAAGUUUAAUAUAAAAUAUGAAUUACACCUGAAAGUAGCCCCUACAAUUGAAAAGCCAAAUGAAACAGCCGUUUUAACAUCUUUACCCCAAGAUUUGAUAUCUAAGGGUCAGUAUAACAAGGUUCCAUUAAUGAUUGGUUAUACUAACAUGGAGGGCAUAUUACAUGAAAUAUAUCAACAAAAGGAAACGAAACAAGGAUUAAAACCAGACUAUUUCAAUCUCGACAAGUUUGUACACCCACAUAUGGCGAUAGGAAAAAAUGACCCUAAGAGGGAGCUGAUUAAAGAGAAGCUACGGAAGUUCUACUUUAAUGGCAAUACAGAUGAAACAGCAAAAUAUGUGAUGGCCACUGAUGGUACCUACACUGCUCCAGUGGUUGGAACUGCUAAGCUUCAUGCAAAAACCCAAACUGAACCUGUUUAUUUAUAUCUUAUGACUCUAGACGCCGGACUAAAUUUCCUUAAACGUGCCAACGGUUUCAGUAAUAUACCAGGUACAUGCCACGGUGAUGAUCUGGGAUAUUUGUUUCAAAUGCCGCUUGAGGCCCUAAAUAUGUACAGAGGAGAAAAAGAACUAAAAGCAAUUAGAAUAUUUGUUAAACUGUGGACCAAUUUUGCUAAAUACGGCAAUCCAACUCCUCAGGGAAACGAUAUGAAUAUAACCUGGAAUCCAGUUAAUCAAGAAGAAGUAAAUUACUUGGAUAUUGGAGAAGAAUUAACGAUGAGGAGCAAUCCUGAGCCGGAGAGGUUAAAAUUGUGGAAGGAAAUAUUUCAACUGAGCCCAUAUACGCAAUAUUACGUGCAAUAAAAUAUAUUUGUCUUAAAUUUAUAAAUAUUAAAAUAACUUUAAUAAAAGAUAUGCCUAUUGUUUUAUAACA